AUGUGGUGGUCAUCAAUAUUCUUACUAAGUCUCUGUUUAAUUCAAAAGAUUCAUCGAGGAUAUGGAGAAUAUUUACAAACAAUUAUUGUUCAACCAAAAUCUGUACAAGUUCCAGUUGGUGAAACAAUUAUUCUUGAUUGUACUGUAUUUAAUCAAUAUGGUGAAGUUGCUUGGUGUAAAGAUGGUCAUUGUACAAUGGGUCGAGAACGACCAUUAUAUUUCAUUCCUCGAUAUGAAGUUAUCGGUGAUAGACAAGCUGGUAUAAAUAGUUUACAAAUUCGAAAUGUUAAUCUUGAUGAUGAUGGUAUAUAUCAAUGUCAAAUUGGUCGAACUGUUGAAGCUCGUGAAGUUCUUUCAAAUUUUGCUAAUUUAACUAUUCUUAUACCACCAGAUCAAAUUUCUCUGACAUAUGUACCACCUGGUAUUGCUAUUAGUGGAAAAGAAUUUAAAUUAAAAUGUGAAGCAUUUAAUACACAACCAGCACCAAUAUUUACUUGGCAAAUACCACCAAAUACACAAAUUGUAAAUAUAUCACAAGAAAAUGUACCUAUGACAAUAAAUAGUAAAUUAUUUAAAUCAAUAUCAAUUAUAACACUUAUUGCUGAUAUUAAUCAACAUGGACAAGAAGUAACAUGUGAAACAACACAUAUAGCAUCAAAUAAAUCAUUAAUAUCAACAGCAAUAAUUGCUAUUGAUUAUCAACCUGUUGUUAAAAUAAUUUUAAAGCCAACAAAAAUGUAUGAAAAUAAAGAUUAUUGGUUUGAAUGUAUGGCUGAAGCUCGACCAUCAAUUACUGAACUUGUCUGGAAAACAAAUGAUACAAUUCUUCAACGAAUGCCACCUAUGCCUGAUGGUAGAUAUCCUUUACAUUUAACUGUUACACGUGAAAUGCAUAAUCAAUAUCUUUCAUGUUCAGCAUUAAAUAGUGCUGGAGUAUCAGAAGAUAUAGUUAUUCUUAAUAUUAAUUAUGCACCUCAAUUUAAAUCUUUUCCUUUACCAUAUAUACUUGUUCGUUUGGGUGAUCCAUUAAUACUUUCAUGUGAUGUUGAUUCAAAUCCACCAGCAAAUAUUCUUUGGACAAAAAAUGGAGAAUUUGUUGGUGGUGGAAGUCAAUAUCAAAUUCCUGAAAUACAUGAAGAUGAUUUUGCUGUUUAUGCAUGUAUAGUAACACUUGGAGGACAAUUUACUAAAAUUGUUGCAUCAACUAAAGUUCUUCCACCUGGACCACCACGUUUUUAUCCUCCACAACCAGUUCUUGCUUCUAAAGGUUCAGAAGUAAUGCUUAAAUGUCAAUUAGAAAAAGAUAUUGAACCAAAUAAUACAUUUUGGAUAUUUAAAAAUGUAACACUUAUGAAUAAUAUGAAAUAUACAAUAAUGCCAGCACGUGAUGUUAAAACAAUACCACGUUAUGAAAUAGGUUUAAUUAUAUAUAAUGUACAAACAAAUGAUUUUGGAGAAUAUGAAUGUCAUGUUACAAAUCAAUAUGGUAGUGAAUAUGCUCGUGUUCGUCUUGAAAAACGAAGUAGUCAUCUUCUACUGCAAAUAGUUAUUUAUUUUGGUUUACUUGUUUUACUUAGUUUAAUUUUAUUUUCUGCAUAUUUAUGUUGUCAUUAUGCUUGUCGAGUAGAUCAAAAACGUACAACUAUACGUCGAAUGCGACAAGUUCAAACUUGGUUAAAAAGUAAACCAAGUAUGUGGAUUCAUAAUUUAGCAGCAGCAGAAAAGAUUCCAUUGACUGUUUAUGAUGUAAAUUCAGGUGUAACUCGAACAACACUUGAUCCACCAGUUGAUAUUGUUGAAUGUUAUGUAUCGAUGAUGGAUAAACAAAAGCGUCAUGAUUUCAAUCGACCUUUAAUACCACCUCCACCACCUCCAUUAUCAACUCUAAUAAAUCGAAUACCUUUUUGUAAUGAUGAUCACUCAGAUCAAAUCUAUGAAACAGCUGAUCCAAUUUCAUGGCAUAUUGAUGUUUAA